AUGUGUGAGGCUGUCCACACAAACAUAACAGAAGGUACCCAAAGUACAACAGAGGUAAGAUUUGGAAAAGACUACUACAAUUAUUUCGACACCAAAACCUACUUGAAUUCUUAUUUCACUGGAAUUUCCGAAGAAACUCCCUCUCACUCUCAAUUUGCCAUGCGUAAUUUCCACGAGGCUUGGUCCAAAAUGCCCGAGGGAAAUCUUCGUGUGUUAGAAUUUGGUGGAGGACCAAACAUUUCUGCUCUAAUCAGCGCCGAACCCUACUCGAAAGAGAUAAUUUUUGCUGAGUACAGCGAAAGGAAUCGGCGAGAAGUAGAGGAAUGGCUGCAGAACUCACCUGAUUCUCAUGAUUGGUCAUCGUAUUUCAACUUUGUCGUCCAGAACUUGGAAGGAAAGACAAGCGAAGAAGUGUCAAUUCGACAAGAAGCACUGAGGAAGAAAGUGACCCAUAUUCUAUCGUGUGAUAUUGGAUGGGAGGACCCGGUAAAAUGGCCAUCUUCGUGGUCCACACAGAUUCGAUCGUUUGAUGUGAUCACAACAAAUCUGUGUCUAGAAGCUUCCGUGACAUCUACAGAAGACUAUCGUCACGCGAUCGCCAAGCUGUCAAGGUACUUGAAAGCUGGUGGAUAUUUUGUCAUGCUUGGAGUUCUGGGCGAGAGUUUUUACAUGGUUGGUAAUGAAAAAUUUUAUUGCUUUCCUCUGAGUAAGAGUAUUAUUGAGGAAACUUUUGCGGAAGAGGGAUACCAGAUUCUUGAUCUGAAGGUAUUUACCUUAGAUCCGACAGUGACAAAGGGGAAUUGCAAUGCUGAAGGUUUGUUCUUUUUUAGAGGCAGGUUUGACCAGCAUGCAUAGCCCAUCUAGAUGUCAGUUGUAAUGAUUGCUGAUGGCUGUUCAUUGAAAAGCAGAAAAGUGGCUAGUGCUCAAAAACUAAGUUAUUUUAGGCACAGUUUUUAUACUUACUGUGGUCUCAUUAGAAAGUAAUAAUCAAAUUUUAAGGUUCUUCUAGUCUUCACUUGUUUGUACCAGAUCUUUUCUGGUACAAUGCCAAUUGCUUCAUUUUUUUUUCUUGUCCUUGUGCUUCUAGUUUGUUUAUAGGUUCUACAGUCCAGCAUAUUAACCCUUUAACUUCCAAGAUCAAAUUGUUAAUUCCCCUUAAGCUGCAGUGCUUUUCCUUGUAAAUUAGUAAUGAGAAUUUGGUGUUAGAUCAAGAUAACAACUUCUACCUCAUAAGUUUGAAUAUUCUCAUCACUUAUUUGCUGGAUAAUGUAAUGAUACUAUGGGGAGAAGUUUCAUGUUGAUCACUUUUGGGAAUUAUUAAAGGAAUGCAAGGAAAUGCCUUGGGAAUAAAGAAAAAUAUCAACUAAUAACUAAUAAGUUGAUCCAAUUCCAGAUUGUAACAUCCAAAGAAUUGUAUGGGAAGUAAUGAGAAUUACUACUGAGAUCUUGGGAGUGAGAGGGUUAAAAUGUCAAUCACCACAUUUUGUACAAUGAUCAUUUCCUUGCAUCCCUUUAAUAAUGUAGUAAUAAUUGAUAAUGUGUGACAUGAUUUUCUACAAGGUGGUCCAAAUAUUUUAUUAGUUAUAGGGUAUAAGAGGCAAUUCAGGUGUUUUUCAAAUUUCAGCAGAAAAUAAGUUCUUAUGGAUGUUUCAGUAAGUCCAAUAAGUUUGUAACUCAUAACUCACAACAAAAAAUUGUGUUUAGGAUGGUUAAAUGCAUGCUGUCCAAGAUUAUACAUGCACUUCCUUCACAUGGUUCUAUACGAAACAAAACUCCUGAUCAAACUGUCAGCUUCUUUGCUUGUCAGUAAGCUGGAACUGUUCAAUGUAUUUCCUUGUACACUUGAGCACUUCUUGGAUUUGGUAUUUCUGAUUUUGGUGUAAAUAUAUUCAGAUCCUGUUAUGUGAACUGUUUAGUUAAUGCUGGAUUCUCAUUCCAAAAGUAAUGUUAAAAUUCACAUGACAUUUAAAGGGAACACAGAUUGAAGACAUUUUUUAACAACUUAGUUGCCCACAGAAGUCAAGGGCUGAGGGAGUAAAGGAGGUUUUGUGAUAUUAAUCCCAAAGAACAGGGGUUUUUCAGUGAUACCAAAUGCUACAUUAAAGGUGAAUUGGUUAAAUUGAUAUUGGACCAGUCUGGACAAGGCAUUAUCCCAUACCCAGAUCCUGAAAACAAUUUGGCUGUGAAAGGUCUGGGUAUGCAAUAUCACCAGGCUGGUGUAGCAUCCUUUAUUGUCCAUAACCUAGGCUGGCUUAUUCGUCUGUUUUAGAAUUGUCAUGAAUUAUGCUUUGUAAGAGGUUAAUUAUAUUGUGAUUAGACAUAAGCAGAAUUUUUUUGAGCUAAAAAGGAGUUGUAGGGGAUCACAAAACAAUUAACAAAUAGAUUCCAUGUUGCCAUGUGUCAGUUCAGUGAUAGAUCAGAAGACAUCAAAAUAUAGUAAGAAUGAAAUAAGUGGCACAUAAGGUUGAGCCAAGUGUGUCACCAAUGUUUAUACCAUAUUUUGAUGUCUACUGCGGUCUUAUUGCUGUGUAGACUCAUGGCAACAUAUAAUCUAUUUGUUUUAAAUGAUAAAAAGCAAACUACUGUUAAUGGUGAGGUCAUCUAUGUGUCUGCCUCCUAAUUGAUCAAGAGAUCAUUAUCAAUAACCAAUCAAAAUGCAGCAUUCAGUUUGUUUUUAUAGUCUGUUACUUAAAACAAAAAAAUUCUCCAUACUUUUGUUACCUUUAUUGAGAGUGCCCAGGGUCCAACAGGUUCUGAGGAACCUUGAUGUAUUCAAAACCUAAAUUUUAAUUUUUUCUUUCUUGUGGGGGGGGAACUUGGGGGUCAAAGUCUUCCACUUCCCCAUACCACGUUCUCCCGCCUCCCGACUCCCACCCUUCAUUGUCUCCACCCUUUACUGUCUUCAGGUUAAUCAAGAGGAUCAGAAACCCGGGUUUAGCCUCGUCUAA